AUGACUCUGAUCAUCAGUGUGACAAGCGGUAAUCAUUUGACUCGUUCCAUUAAAUUCCAAGAAUGUCAACUGAUUGCACUUUGGCUUCCAAUUUUUCUCGGUGUUGAUAUUUAUUCCUGA